AUGCCCAAAGACAAACUGCCUAAGACUAAAGGUGUCCAAAACAAACAUCUCCAUUUCCGGACCACGUUCCUGUAUCAGGCUGCCACAUACCUGACUCUGCAUUCGCCUGCGGCUGGUCCUGUUGGAUCCGCCUCAUCCCAUGCAUACUCGAACCGUGCACUUCAAAUGGGCUCUGACUUACAAGCAGUGUCUCGCAAAGGUCAGGUCAGACUCUCUGCCGAACUGAAACGGACCAUAUGUAAAUGUUGCAACACUGUCCUUAUUCCAGGACGGACUGCAACUCACACCAUAGAGAACGACAGCAAAGGCGCGAAGAAGCCAUGGGCUGAUGUUCUAGUCAUCGGGUGCACAUUCUGCGGGGCUAAAAAACGUUUCCCCGUUGGAGCUACCAAGCAGCUGAAGAAGGCACAACGGAUGCCCAAAACCACAUCGGAAGAGGUGGGCCAACAAACUGAUGAACAGUCCGUCAAUUCCGCUCUACCGCCCACCAGCAUCGCGACGACCCCUCUCACCAGUGGAUGA